UACGUAGUAUACCAAUCGCAUACAUAUUUUAAGUUAUAAAAAGUUUUUCUGUUUGUUUCUCAUAGAUUAAAUCUUUGUUCAAUCUAAUUUAUGUAAGCAAAAAAAGAGCUACAUAUGUUGUAUUGCAAUAGAAGUUAUUAUGAAAAUUCCUGAAAAGUUUUUUGUUUUUUGUCUGGUGUUAUGUCAGCCAAGUAUACUUCAUACAUUAAACCAGAGGCAGCAAGAACAAGAUCUGGCCUACUUAAGUAUUAUAAAAAAACAAUUUACAACUCUUCCUAAUUGUAAAUGGAAUUACAAGUAUGAUAUAGGAAGAAGUAUUGUUGCAGCACUUAGCUUUUUUUCUGCAGGUUUUGUCCUUAUUUUUGGGUAUAAAAGGAGACGAAUUUCAUUUGGUUUAAUUGGUUUUUCUACAGCAUCAAUUUUGACCUAUCUCAUAAUUAUUGGAGAGACUGAGUUCAGUCUUAUCGUCAACAUUUUCAUUUCUCUAGCAGCUGGAGUAGUAGUCAGUUUUUUUACCAUUAGUAGCCUUUACUGUGGCUAUUUUUUGACUGGUCUUCUUGGUGGAUUUUUAACUGCAUUUAUAUUUUUGCUUAUUUACACCUUGUUUUUAUCAUUAAAUUCACUUACUCUUCCUUGUGUUAUUAUUGCAGUGAUUGGGUUAAUACAAACAUUUUUUACAAUGUGGUGGAGACAUCGCAUACUUAUAUUUUCAAUUUGCAUGGUUGCAUCUGCUGUAAUGGCUGCUGCAUUAGAUCAUUUUGUUGAAGAUUUGUUUUUGUUAGAGUAUAUUGAAAUGAAGCUAUUUUAUAAUCGAGUACCAAAACUCUGCUGGUGGUCAUAUUUGGUUUUGAGUUUAUGGCCCCUAUGUUUUAUUAUUGGUAUUUUGGUUCAAUGUUUGUAUACUGGUAAAGAACGUCAAAAAGAAAGUUAUAUUUUUGUAUUUAAACGUAAAAAUACAACCCAUGUUCGUGAUGAUCAGAACCAUUUAAUAAGAUAUGGCUCUGAUUAUUAAGUUUCAAGUUCAUGAGUUUAAUUUUUUUAUUUGUUAUUUUUAAAUUGUACAUCAGAAUUUGAUCUUUGCAGGAUAUUUUGUUUCCUAGUUUUUAAUAACUGUUUUGAUUUUAUUUUAAAACUUUUUACUUUUUUUUUUUUUUAAUUUCUUCAGUACCAUGAUGUAUAUUGCUUUUUUUUUUUGUAAUUUUUUUUCUUUUACUAAUAAGUAGAUACAAAAGUUUUUAAUUUUUUUAGUUUAUUUUUUAUCUUUUUUAUGCAUAGGUAGUUAGUUGGUUAGAUAAGUUAUGUUGUUUUUUAGGUGACCAGCAAGCAUUAAAUGAAAAAAUUAUAAUUUCUAGCACGUAUUAUGUAAAAUAACUUUGUUAUAUAGGCUGUAAUAAAAAAAUAUUCAUCAACUUUGUUAUAAAGAUUGCUAUUGAAAUAUUGGCUAAAAGUGUUUUCAUUAGCUUUUCCCAACAACUAAAAGCCUGAACAAAUUUAGUGUAAAGCACAAUUUUUUUUUUUUAACUUGAUAAAUUUACUUAAUUUAAUGUAUGUAGUACUAAUAACUAUAUUUAUUCAAUAUGAUAAUUAUGCAUUAUAUAAUCUAUGAUAAUUCUCUAUACUCACAAUGACAUUUCAUGCAUAUAGUUCCGCAAUAAUGUAUCAGAUAUAUCUAACACAUCAUACAUAGAUAUGUUAUUAGUUUUCUAAUUUCGCUUUACUUAAUUGAAUUAGUUGCAAGAGGAGAAUAACAAAAAUACUCCCCUUUAUUCUCUCUUCGUGGUUUUUUGUAGAAAGACGCGCUUGGCUAUAAGCCUGGUAUUCGGCAAUGGUUUUUCAGAGAAUAUGAUUAUUUUUAUGUUUUAAAAGUAAGAAAUUUCGUUUUCAUAAUGCUGCUGGUCACUUAGUAAUGUUUUAUUACUGGACAUUUAAAAACUUGUUCAAAUUACUUUCGUAAUUUUAUUUAACGUCUUUAUUUAUUAACUAAAUUUUUAACAUGUUAGUCAUAUUUCUAUGAGAAAUAUAUCGAAUUUAUUUGUUUUUCAUUUUUUUAAAUUUAUUUAUAAGCAAGUUUAACUAGUUUUUUUAUUUUAACACUUAAGAAUAUACCAGUUUAAUGUAAGUGACAAUUUUUAAACAUUGUAUUAAAGUCUAUUUGGGAACAAGAAUCAGUUAAAAUUGUAGUUUAUAUUUUGUGUAAAAACAAAACAACCUAAUAUGUUUCCUACGUUCUGUAAAAUCUUUACUAAAAAAGUAAAAUGAGAAAAUAACAUGUCGCUUCGGUUAUAUAUUAGUUUCCAUUAACUUAUUACUCGCAAAUAGAUAAAACAAAUCAAUAAUUCUUUAACGUUAAAAAAACAAACAAAUUAGUCAAACGUUAAACAAAUUAUAUAGUAUUCCGUUGUUUGCAUUAGCGGAAGUUUUGUAUAAACUUUAAAAUUUUAUAUAAUAAAAAAACAAGUUUCAAGUCAUGCCAUUAAAUCCAAAGAGGUGUCUUUUGAUUUAAUGGCUAGUCAUAAAGUACUAUUAGAGGUUUAUUGCAGAUUUAUGAGGAAAGAAAGUAAUUAAGUUGUAAUAAGGUUAUCUGAGUAAAUAAUUUAUAUUAAAAACAAAAGUGUAUUUAUGUAAUAUAAAUUUACAAAUAUAUUUAUUAA